ACGCAUACAAAACUGACCGACACCAAGCCGGAUUUUACACCAUAAACAAACGCAGCCUAUCAAAAAAACAGUAUUAGUGAAUAUUCCUUUUCUUCGAUGAUAAAUUAGUUUCGACCUCAGCCACGUUCCGAGUCGGAUGACUGGGCGACAACCGAGUUUUCCACUUUUGAAACAAACCCUAAUUUUUCCUGGAGCUCCAGAAACCCUAGAGGGUUUAACACUUCAACUUCUUUCCAAUAAAAAGCCUCUCUCCCAUCAAUCAGCAAACCUCGGACCAGGACUCCCCCAGUGUAGUGCAGAUAUCGAAGAAAUCGUCUUGCUUCAAGCCAUGACUCUGGUCUUGCAUGCGGGGAACACUAACAAGAAUGCCUUUAAGGCACUAAUUGCUGCAGAGUACAAUGGGGUUACAGUCAAAUUGGUCCCGAAUUUUGAGAUGGGUGUCUCGAAUAAAACUCCCCAAUUUCUUAAGAUGAACCCAAUUGGAAAGGUUCCUGUAUUGGAGACGCCUGAUGGCCCCAUAUUUGAGAGCAAUGCUAUUGCACGCUAUGUUGCACGUUUGAAGGGCGACACUCCUCUUUAUGGCUCUUCCCUGAUUGAAUUUGCUCGUAUUGAGCAGUGGAUUGACUUUGCUUCAUUGGAGAUUGACGCUAAUAUUUUGAAGUGGUUCAUUCCCCGAGCUGGGUUUGCAGUAUACCUUCCUCCGGCUGAGGAAGCUGCCAUUUCUGCAUUGAAGAGAGCCCUGGAUGCCCUGAAUAAACACCUUGCUUCAAACACUUUCCUUGUUGGACACUCUGUUACUCUUGCUGACAUUGUAAUGACAUGUAACUUGUCUUUGGGAUUCAGUCGUGUCAUGACCAAAAGCUUUACUUCGGAGUUUCCUCAUGUUGAGAGAUACUUUUGGACCAUGGUUAAUCAACCAAACUUCAAGAAGAUAUUGGGGGAAGUAAAGCAGGUAGAAUCUGUUCCACCUGUUCAGUCAGCAAAGAAGCCUUCUCAGUCUAAAGAACCUGCAAAGCAUAAGGCAAAGGAUGAACCGAAAAAGGAAACCAAGAAAGAACCUGCAAAGCCUAAAGUAGAAGAGCCUGCUGAAGAGGAGGAGGCACCCAAACCCAAGCUGAAAAAUCCUCUUGAUCUGCUUCCCCCAAGUAAGAUGAUAUUGGAUGAGUGGAAGAGGCUCUACUCAAAUACAAAAUCCAACUUCCGCGAGGUUGCCAUUAAAGGAUUUUGGGACAUGUUUGAUCCUGAUGGAUAUUCUCUCUGGUUUUGUGAUUACAAAUACAACGAUGAGAAUACUGUUUCAUUUGUCACGUUAAACAAGGUCAGUGGUUUCCUGCAACGGAUGGAUCUGGCUCGUAAGUAUGCUUUUGGCAAGAUCUUAGUUAUUGGUUCAGAGCCACCAUACAAGGUCAAGGGAUUGUGGCUCUUCCGUGGGCAAGAGAUUCCUCAAUUUGUACUUGAUGAGUGCUAUGACAUGGAGCUCUAUGACUGGAGAAAGGUGGACAUCAAUGACGAAGCCCAGAAGGAGCGUGUUAAUCAAAUGAUUGAAGAUGCAGAGCCUUUUGAGGGAGAAGCUCUGCUGGAUGCUAAAUGUUUCAAGUGAUGAGCCAAUUUGCCACUUCUUACCCUUAUCUAUAAGGGUAUGUUGUUGAGAUGAUCUCAUGAGUCUUGUUUUUCUCUUUCUAGAGAUUUGUCCCCCCCUCCCCCCCCACAUACCAAGUUCCUUUUUUCCUUUUUUUUUUAUCUUUUUGAUCAGUUCCCUUUUUUCUUUUAAACAAAUUAGAUUACCUCCUUUUAUAGUCAGGGAUUUAGGUUCCAUGACAAUGUUGAGUGUAUGUUUGUUUCGGUCACAAUUCUAAUUUGUUGACAAUGAUUUAUAUGAUGUUUGCCUGUCUGGAAGGGUAGAAUGGUAAAAAGACAAUGUUGGAGAAUGGCUACUAAAAGAUGGCUAUAGUGGGAAUAUUAUUUUAGAUGUUUUUUACCUUGUGCAAAACCGAUGUAAUUGGUAAUCAACAGAAAAUAAUAGAAUGUGGAAGCACAGUGAAAGGUGGUCUAGUGCUUUCUACCCUU